AUGCAAUCAGGAAACGUAGUUUCAUCUGAUAAAAUGCAGUUUUCGGCACCUCCAGCUGGAGCUGGUGCUGUUGGCGACGCCGGAGGCGGCGGAGCAGCUGCUGCCUUCGGAGGAGAAAUCCAACAACAGCACCAAUGUUCCCCUGACAAGAAUGAUGGGUUUAUACAUUGGUUAUGCGGGGAAUUCGCCGCCGUCAAUGCCAUGACCGACUUACUUUGCCAUCAUCUGCUUGAGAUUGCGGAGGUUGGUGAGUAUGAUGCCGUCAUUGCUUCCAUUCAGCAAAGGAGACAUAGCUGGAAUCCCGUGCUGCAUAUGCAGCCGUACUUUCCAGUCACCGACGUCUCGUAUGCACUCCAACAGGCAGCGUGGAGGCGGAGGCAAAGGCUCCAUGAUCAAAGGAAAGUCGCGGGAAAGGAAUAUAAAAGACCAACCAUUGGGUUCAAGGGAAAUAGGGUAGAUCUGGCGGCUAAAGAAAUGCAGAAUCCUAUGGCGGACAGUGAUGUGAAAUCGACUGUUUCAGAGAGGAAUGAUAGAGUGGCUGCGAAGGGUGUGGGUGUUAAGUCGAGCGGUGAGGUGGGGAAUGUGGAAGAUAAAUCAGAGAAUAACUUACAUUCCUCCCAAAAUCAGAACAGAAAGCAGAAUCUUACUAUGAGUCCUAAAACUUUUGUUGGUAACGAGGUUUUUGAUGGAAAUAUGGUCAAUGUGGUGGAUGGCCUAAAAUUGUAUGAGGAGCUGUUUGACGAGGAGGAAGUUUUGAAUCUCGUUUCAUUGGUAAAUGAUCUUAGGGCUGCAGGGGGAAGAGCACAAUUUCAAGGUCAGACAGAUGUGGCUUUGAAAAAACCCAUUAAGGAACACAGCCGAGAGACGAUUCAAUUGGGCUUUCCAAUUGCAGAUUCACCUCUAGAUGAUGAAACUGCUGCAGGGACUUCCAAAGAUCGGAGGAUGGAAGCCAUUCCCACCUUGCUGCAAGAUGUUAUCGAACGUUUGGUCGACUUGCAAGUUAUGACUGCAAAGCCCAACUCUUGUAUCGUCGAUGUCUAUAAUGAGGGGGAUCAUUUACUGCCACGCAUGUGGCCACCUUGGUUCGGAAAGCCCGUUUGCCUCCUGUUCUUGACUGAGUGCAACAUUACUUUCGGAAGGGUGAUUGCAGUUGAUCAUCCCGGGGACUUUCAAGGCUCUCUAAAGCUUUCUCUUUCACCCGGAUCACUCCUUGUGAUGGAAGGAAAAUCAGCGUGUUUUGCCAAGCAUGCCCUGCCCUCUGUCCGAAAGCAACGGAUACUUGUUACCUUUACCAAGUAUCAACCGAGGAAGUUUGCGUCUGACAAUCGGAGACAUCCUUUACCUUCGCUUUCUCAGUCUUCACAUCAGGGUGUGGCACGUAAUAAAUCGCACAAUCAUUUCCGACCUGCUGCCGUUCCCAAGCAUUAUGCAGUGGUACCAACAACUGGUGUACUACCAGUCCCGCCGAUUCAUCCGCAUAUUCCACAUCCGAAUGGUGUUCAACCUUUUUUUGUGCCUGCUCCAAUUGUUCCUGCAAUUCCUUUCCCAGCACCGGUUCCCAUCCCAACUGGUAUGACUGCUUGGCCAGCUCCCCCUCCAAGGCAUCCUCCACCACAUCUACCUGUUGUUGGCACCAGAGUAUUCCUACCUCCACCAGGCUUCGAUAAUUCAUCACCUGAACUCAACAUUCCCGUUGGCGCAACUUCCCCACCCGAAAAAGAGAACGACCCUCAGAAACCUGAUCUUCACACAACUGCUCCUGGGACAAGCUCGGAUGGAAAAUCGCGAAACCAAGACAGAGCCAGCAGUGGGUGAGCUACGAUGAAAACUAACAAUAGUAUCGAGCAAACCUGACAGUGCAGUUGAGAGAGAGGAUGCCAACUGCGAUCAGUCGAAAUUGAUAGCAACUGUAAAGAGCGAUGAGACAUUCGA